UGACAUCCACCCAGGAGUGACGGUCUCUUACACUGACGCCAGAGAGAUCUAUUCCUACCUGCGGUCGACGACGAGACCGGUUGCAAGAAUCGAGUUCCGUGGCACCAUGAAUCCAUGAUCAGCCAAUCGCCAUCUGCUCCGAGGGUCGCUUCCUUCUCGAGCCGUGGGCCAAACCGCAUCGCGGCUGAGAUCCUCAAGCCGGAUAUGAUAGCACCCGGUGUCGACAUCCUCGCGGCAUGGUCGGGAGAAAACCCGCCAAGCUCCAUCAGAGUCGACGACAGGCGCGUCGAGUUUAGCAUCAUCUAUGGCACGUCCAUGGCUGGCGUCGCCGCCAUGCUCAAGGUGGCACGACCAAGCUGGAGCCCGGCGGCGAUCAAGUCGGCCCUGAUGACGACAGCCUACAACGUGGACAACGGUGGCAACACCAUCAAGUUCAUGUCCACGGGCCAACCGGCCGGGCCGUUCGAGCUCGGCUCCGGCCAUGUCGACCCCAAUAACCGCGCUCUCGACCCUGGCCUUGUGUACGACGCCACCGCCGACGACUACAUCACCUUCCUCUGCAGCCUCGGCUACACGCGCAGGCAGAUCUCGCUCUUCACGAACGACGGCUCGGUGACCGACUACUCGGCCCGGCCGCAGAGGCGCGUGCGCGACCUCAACUACCCGGCAUUCUCGUUCGAGUUUAUUUCGGUGGCCGGCUCACGCAGCGCCGCAGCGUGA